AUGGUAGUCAUGGACGCCCAGCCUUCCCGACCCGGAAGGUCCCACAGCCGAUCCAAUUCCAUAUCCGACCCGAAUACCAGCCAGAGCCUCGCCUCCAUCCUCAACAACCCCAAUGCCUCCGACUCCUCCUCUUGGGUCGGCUGGUGGUCCUCCUCCGCCUCCGUCGCCCCACCCGAAUUCGCGCCCCUCAUACCCAAAUCCGCAUCCGACUCCGUGACCCGAUCCGACUUCCAGCCUUACCUCGCCUCCAUUUCCGAUCACUACAACCGCUUCGAGGACAUCAUCAACCACGUCAAGAAGGAGAACUCGGACAUCGACUCCAUCGGCGGCCAAGGCGAAGCCCUCGUCGCCUGCCUCCGAGAAGUCCCCGCUCUCUAUUUCAAAGAAGACUUUGCCCUAGAAGACGGUGCCACAUUUCGAUCGGCCUGCCCGUUCACGAACGUCUCCGAGAAUCUGGUGCUCCAGGAGAAGCUCUCGCAUUACUUGGACGUCGUGGAGCUUCACUUGGUGAAAGAGAUCUCGCUGCGUUCCAACUCCUUCUUCGAGGCUCAGGGGCAGUUGCAGGACUUGAAUGUGAAGAUCGUCGAAGGAUGUAGUCGGAUUCGCGAGCUCAAGGAGACCAUUCUGCUCUUGGAUGUCGAUUUGGUCGAGUGCGCCAGGCAGAUUCAUGAUUUGAAUGAAACCAGGAGUAAUUUGUUGGCUCUUCAACAGAAAUUGAGGCUCAUUCUUUAUGUCAACCAAGCUCUUUCCGCGCUUAAACUGCUUGUUGCCUCUGCAGAUUGUGCUGGAGCUUUGGAUGUCACAGAUGAUUUGCAGCAUUUGCUGGAUGGGGAUGAGCUUACUGGUCUACAUUGCUUUCAUCACCUCAGGGAUCGCGUAGCAGCUUCAAUUGAAUCCAUAAACAGCAUUCUUUCUGCAGAGUUUAUGCGUGCUUCAAUACACGAUGCUGGAGAUACAGAUGUUAUAAUUAUAUCCAGAGCGCAGGCAAGGGCAUCAAUUCUCAUGAAUGGAGAAGAUGGUGAAAUUAAGUUGGACGAUGAAGAAACCUCCAAUUAUCAAGAUCGUCUUCUUCCUGUCAUCAUUGGAUUGCUUAGAACAGCCAAGCUCCCUUCUGUGUUGAGGUUAUAUCGUGACCAGCUUACAGCUGACAUGAAGGCUGCUAUUAAAAAUGCAGUUGCAGAGCUGCUUCCUGUUCUUGUUUCCCGACCCAUGGAGUCAGACUUUACACCUGGAGAGCGAAUAGUAGAUGCAGAUGGUAUUGGUGCAUCACUUGCAAGCAAGUUGAGGAGCCUGUCAUCUGAAAGCUUUGUUCAACUUUUAAGUGCUAUUUUCCUGAUUGUAAGGGCACAUCUAGUGCGGGCUGCUGAAGUAAAGAAGGCCAUCGAGUGGAUUAUGUGCAACCUUGAUGGUCAUUAUGCAGCAGAUUCAGUUGCUGCUGCAAUCGCUGUUGGUGCUGCAGCUGCAGAAACAGCUCAAGAAAGUGAUGGUCAAGGUGGUUUGCUUCCCUCAUUUUCACCUCAGAGAGUUGCUGCGAAGGCCCUUCCAUUUCAAGGGAAAGCAAAUGAUGCAGCAAGUCCUUCAAACAUGUCUAAGAAUUUUAGAGCUGAUGUGUUACGAGAAAACACAGAAGCUGUUGUUGCAGCAUGUGAUGCUGCCCAUGGAAGAUGGGCAAAGCUACUUGGGGUUCGUGCUCUUCUUCAUCCUAAGUUGAGAUUGCAGGAGUUUUUGAGCAUCUUUAGCAUCACCCAAGAGUUUAUAACUGCUACAGAGAAGAUAGGGGGAAGGCCAGGAUUUAGCAUCAGGGGAACCCUACAGUCACAAGCCAAAGCCUUCAUCGAAUUUCAGCAUGAAUCUCGAAUGGCAAAAAUUAAGGCCGUUCUUGACCAAGAAACAUGGGUUGAAGUAGAUGUUCCUGAUGAAUUUCAAGUCAUUGUCACUUCACUAUUUUGUUCUGAAUCGGAAUCUGAGAACCUGGAUGCUAUCGAAGGUAAUAUGGAAACAAGCUAUAGGGAGAUGGCCACAAGCAGUAAUAAUUCACAUACAGACAAUACAGCACCAUCAAUUGCCGAACAGCAAAUUAAACGGGCUGAUUCGAGUGACUUAUCCGUGGAUGAGACUGCGAAAGAGAAGUGUACACAAAAUGCUGGAGUGGAAAAAAAUAAGCCUGAUGUCGCAAAUUCUGUGGCUCAAAAUAACCACAGCAACAUGAAGGAGCGGGGAAAAUCAACCUCUCAAACCCUUUUCUUCAAAGGUGUUGGUUUUCACAUGGUAAACUGUGGCUUGAUAUUGGUGAAGAUGUUGUCAGAGUACAUUGAUAUGAACAAUUUUUUUCCAGCACUGUCCUCAGAAGUUGUUCAUCGUAUUGUAGAAAUUUUAAAGUUUUUCAAUACAAGAACGUGCCAGCUUGUUCUUGGUGCUGGUGCCAUGCAGGUAUCUGGUUUAAAGUCCAUCACUUCUAAACACUUGGCCUUGGCAAGUCAAGUCAUCAGUUUUACGUAUGCUAUUAUUCCUGAAAUCAGGCAAAUUCUUUUUCUAAAAGUACCUGAGACAAGAAAGGCAUUGUUGCUAUCUGAAAUUGAUCGAGUAGCUCAGGAUUACAAGGUUCACAGAGAUGAAAUACAUACGAAGCUGGUUCAGAUCAUGAGAGAAAGGUUAUUAGUUCAUCUACGUGGGUUACCUCAAAUUGUAGAGAGCUGGAAUAGACCUGAAGAAGCUGACCCACAGCCCAGCCAGUUUGCUCGAUCCCUUACUAAGGAAGUUGGAUACUUGCAACGUGUCCUAACUCGAACUUUACAUGAGGUCGAUGUUCAAGCAAUUUUCAGGCAAGUGGUUAUAGUCUUCCAUUCACAAAUUUCAGAAGCAUUUUCACGCUUAGAGAUCAGCACACCACAGGCCAAGGACAGGCUGUAUCGGGAUGUCAAACACAUUCUUGGAUGUAUUCGCUCCUUGCCUUCUGAUAAAAUGAGUGAAUCUAGUAUUCCAAACUGGGGGUCAACUAGAUGA